AUGAAUUCAAUAUUUCAUUCUGGUCUUUCAAAAGAUCUUUCUUUGAUAUUAAACGAUUCCGAUGAUUUUAAUGUUAUCAUUCAAGCAGGUGAAAAUCAAAAUACAAAAGAAUUUAGAGCGCAUUCAGUUAUUUUACGUGCACGCUCUCCAUAUUUUAAGAGAGCUUUUUCUUCUAAUUGGAUUACAAAAAAGAAUAAUAUGAUCAUGUUCAAUAAACCAAACGUCACCCCAAUCGUUUUUGAAAUGAUUCUCAAAUAUAUUUACGUAGGUGAACUGGACUUAGCCAAAAAGUCAGGUGAAGACAUGCUUGGAUUGUUAUUUGCAUCUGAUGAAUUGCUCCUUGAGGAAUUAUUCGAAUAUAUCCAAGAUUACAUGCUUAAAGAAUACCAUGGUUGGAUUAAACAAAAUUUAGUCUUAGUAUCUAAUGCUGCAUUUAAACUUUCUAGUAAGAAAUUGCAAGAUUAUUGUAUUGAUUCAAUUUGCGCAAACCCACAAUCAUUUAUCACAUCGAAAAACUUUCCAUCACUUGACAAAGGUAUCCUUUUUUUAUUGCUUGAAAAUGUUGAAUUGGUAAUCAAAGAAAUUGAAAUUUGGAAUGGAUUAAUCAAAUGGGGUAUUGAACAGACACCAGGAUUGGGAAGUAUGAACGAUAAUAUAAAUAAAUGGAAUCAGGAAGAUUUUGAAGCAUUGAAGACGACUUUAAGUCAAUUUAUACCCCUUAUUCGAUUUAUGGAAAUUACUCGUGCCGAGUUUUAUGAUAAAGUUCGUCCUUAUAAAGAUAUUAUCCCUAAAAAUAUUUAUGAAGAAAUUAAAGAAUUUUAUUAUAAAAAUACCUUACCGAAAUCGAUAACUUUACUGCCUCUAAGACGUGCAUCAACAAUCAUAAAACCACAACUUAUAACGAUUUUAGCCAAUUGGAUCGAUGGAAAGGAUUCAAAUGUUCUUUCAUAUAAUAACAAUUAUAGAUUUGAUUUGAUUUAUUUAAAAAGUCGAGAUGGAUUUGAUUGUAUGUCAUUUAAUAAUCAAUGUAAAGAACAGGGUCCAUUCGUAGCGUUGGUAAGGGUUGACUCCAAAAAAAUAUAUGGAGGUUAUAAUUCUGUCGGUUAUGCAUUAAGAGGUGGAAGUUGGUUAUCAUCUUCAACUAGUUUUAUCUUUUCUUUUGAAAAUGAUCAAGAUAUAAUUACUAUGAAAAUUGGUAGAGUGAACCAUGAAAAUAAAUGUAUAUAUGAGAAUUAUCAUUGUAUAUUCUUUAAUUUUGGAAGUCAAUUGAUUGUUAAUCGUUAUGGAUCUGGAUGUGAUCUUCAUCUUAAUAACAUAUAUGAUGGAUUUGUUGAUAUCUUUAAGUGCUCAAAUAAAUUAUCGAUUGAAGAAAUUGAAGUUCUUGGUGUGGUUAAAAAAUAA